CCAGCCCUGGUCCGGCGGGCAGGCGGCUGCGGGACGGUCGGGAGCCGGCGAAGAACGCUGCAAAAGAACUUGCUGUUUGAAGGUCGACCUCUUCUUUUUUUUUCAGUCAAUAUCCCCCGCUAUUGUAAUGUAUUGUGUUUCUGGGUUGGCACAACAGAAGAGUGGUGCUUGUACCUGAGAAAUCAUGUUCAACUUCAGAUGCAUCCAGAAGUUACUACAGUACCUGAAAUUUUUUAUUUUUUUAAUUAUUGAGAACGCCUUCUGUAUAUUUUCUCUCCGCAAAAAAUAUUUUGCUGGUGAAAUAGUACUUAUUACUGGCUCUGCAAAUGGGAUUGGAAGGCAGGUUGCCUUAAAAUUGGCUCCUUUGGGAGUAACCUUGGUUCUUUGGGACAUCGAUGAUGAAGGUAACAAAGAAACGAGCAGGCUGGCCCAACAAAAUGGAGCCAACAGGGUGUUUGUCUACCACUGUGACUGCAGCAGGAGGGAGGAUGUCUAUGAACAGGCAGACAAGGUUAGAAAAGAAGUCGGGGAUGUUACUAUUCUAAUCAAUAAUGCUGGCAUACUGAUUGGGAAAAAGUUCUGUGAUCUUACAGAUGAAGACUUUGAAAAGACCUUCAGAAUCAACUUCUUUUCUCAAGUCUGGACUUGCAAGGCCUUUCUUCCAGCCAUGGUGGCCUGUAACCGUGGGCACCUGGUUAGCACAGCCAGUGGAUCUGGAUUACUGGGACUCUACAGGCAGUCAGAUUAUUCAGCAAGUAAGUCUGCAGUCAUUGCAAUGAUGGAAGCCAUAAAUUCAGAACUGCAUCAUGGAGGAAAACGGGGCAUUAAAAUCACAAUCAUUUGCCCUUAUUUUAUUAGUACUAGGUUAAGCAAAGGCUUCAAAAGCGCAAAACCCUGUUUGUUUCCUGUUUAUGAUCCAGAGUAUGCAGCCAGCAGGAUCGUGGAUGCAAUUAAAAAGGAGAAAUUUUAUCUGAUCAUGCCUCCAGCUGUAUACUUACUUGGUCUCAAAAUUUUCCUUCCUAGAAAAGCAGUGCUAUUCCUUGAGUCUUAUGUCAAGUUCCCUGAGAGCAUGGAAGAAGCCUUUGGUCAGAAGAAAAAGGAUUGAAACAAAAAAUAUUCUGAAGAUUUCAAGUGCUAUCUAAUUGAACAUUUUCAGUAAAAAAAUAAUUUUAAAUCCUAUUUAUUAAUUGACAAAAAAAUAACUUCAUUUAUGUUAUUUCACACUGGCCAGCAUGCCAUUUAAUUCUUCACAACUCUCUUUUAAGCCUUUAUGUUUGGCAGUUUUCUGAGAAACUUUUGAAAAAUCACUGAAAUCUAAAAUAAAUUAGGUGUUACAUUGAAUGACCAAGCAACAGCUUUGCAUAGACUGUACUGUUUUCAGACUGAAGCUUCAAUGAGGUAUCCUGUUAGAGUGGAACACAAUUCUGUUGGAAAUCAUGGGAAAAUGAAGACAGGAGGAAUACCUGGAAAGUUAUGGGUGAAAUCUCUCCUUGUAUUUGGAGAGAGGUCACAACCAUGUUCUUCAACUGUCUUCAAAUGAAAUUACAACUUAAAAGUCCUAAAGAACAAAAAAAUCCCUCAAUAGCAGAAGUUUGGAGCUUAGUUACACAAAAUAUAUGCUGGUACUUGAUUGAUAAAAAUCAAUCCUCAUGUAAAUUUUCAGAAAAUGCUAACAUAAAAUGUUCAUAAUUGGCUUAAUUUAAAAACUAACAAACUGCAUAGCCGAAUAGUGAAUCCACAAAGCCUAGUUCAUAAAACCUUAAGGAAUUACAGAAAACAUUUAACAGUCAUCUAUUAACCACAUUUGCCAUCAUAAUUCAAUUGUACUUAACUAAACUCAUUCUCACAAGCUCCCAGAUACAAAUAGUUAUUAGAGUACACACUAGUGAAAUUCCUGUGUUUCCAAAGCAUGUGUGCAUUCAAUAAAUUUUCAUGUACCAGUAAAUAUUACAGGGAAACUUUUCUCUGAGAGAAGGGAAAAGCUAUCUGAAGCUUGGCUCUUUGGAAAGCAAGGUUUAUUGAUUUAUAUUAUUUAAAACUCUCUAGGUGAUGAGUAAUUAAAUAUUUUUUCUCUUAUUAAUGAGACAGCAAAGUCUAAAUUGCUUCUUGCAAAUACCAAUCAUUUUCUCAAUUGCAGGCAAAUAUGUUGAGCAUUGGGAUUCCCUUGCUCUGCAUGAAUGUCACUAUUUGGCUCUAGAUCUAUCAUCAUUUUUAAGUAUGAUUACAGGAGUCAAUGCAAAUUGACAUGACAUUAUGUUUGGGAAUAUAUUGAGAUCCUGAACAUCUUAAUGCAUAAUUUCAUUGCUGGUGCUGCAGAGCUUAAGGGCAGGGCUCAUGAGGUGAGAAAAAUGUAUUUUAAAAUGAUUUGUGAAAAGAGACUCCCACUUGAAGUAAUGUCACAUGCUAGUGACAUUAAUACAUGGUGGACUGUCCAUCAUUUAAAUGUUAAAGGUUUCAGGGUGAAAUAUUUGCAGGCUAGGAGCUCGUUGUGAGAGCUCUCUUUAAGGAUACCUCUCUUGUUUUCAGUUUUCUUAACUAAAGUGUAUCUAUCUUACCACCUACUUCUGCAGUUAUAAGUUCACAACCAUAUAGACAGGACAUGAGUAGGUUUAGAAUAGUGCAAAGAAAAUAAUAGCCUAUUUUCUAAGCUUUAUUUCACCUAUUCUGCACAGCCACCCUGCAGAACCUUAUUCUGUAUUGCUGCAACCUCAGCCAAGGGCACUUUUGACUCCAUAUUCUUUUCAGGCUAAUCUGCUUGUCUCAAGAAGGAAUUUGUAAAGCUUAUGCUUUCUAAGUCUCACAGUGAUCUGUCAGAUCUUCUUAUCAGUCCUAGAAAUCAGUAACUCACUCUUUUCCGUGAAAAUACCAGGAAAAAUUUGGGGUUUGGUGUUGGUUGAUGGUGGUGGUGUUUGGGGGGAGUAGUUUCUUUUUCAUACAGAAAAGAAGUGUGAUAGAUCCAGUAAUACAAUUCCAAAACUGUAAGACAAAACCUUCUUAUUAAAGUUCAGAAGAUGCAUUUGAA